AUGGCUGCAAAUUAUUGGACUUCAUCACAGCGCCUGCACUGGCAAAUGUCGCGCCCGAAACUGGCUGAGAUACGCAGUGCACUUGAUGCCCAGGAUGGGGAGAGUGUUCGACUGUUUCCCUUACCCGACUUGAAGCAUCUGAGCAUCUACUUCAAUUCACAGAUAGUUCGCCUUGGACGGCGCAUGCAGACGAGACAGCAGGCGCUCGCGACUGCCCAAUUAUAUAUUCGUCGAUUUUACACCAAGGUACCAAUAAGGGAUACCAAUCCAUAUCUGGUUAUGGCGACAUGCUUGUACCUCGCCUUGAAGAUGGAAGAAUGUCCUCAACACAUCAGAAUCGUUGUCAGUGAAGCAAGAACAUGUUGGCCAGACGUUAUGCCCUCUGAUACAGCAAAACUCGCCGAAUGCGAGUUCUAUCUCAUAUCCGAGAUGAACUCGUAUCUUAUAGUCCAUCACCCAUAUCGUACGCUACAGGACCUUACACCUGUCAUGAAUUUGACGACUGAGGAAAACAAUAUGUCCUGGCAGGUUAUUAAUGAUUCCUGCUUGACCGAUUUGCCGCUGUUAUAUCCCCCGCACAUCAUUGCACUUACUGCAAUAUUCCUGUCUGUGGUACUGAAGCCCUCGCUGUCUCAAGCCAGUCUACAUGCUGCCGCAACGUCUGCAGCCGCUGCUGCGGUUGUGGCGGCAAAUUCUGGUAACGGCAGUGGGAGUAAUGGCAACGGCAGCCUUGGGGCGAGCGGUCAGGGACCACAGAGUCGCAUCGGAAAAAUAAUAGAAUGGUAUGCUGAAUCGAAGGUGGACAUGGAGGCCAUUAUAGAUUGCACCCAGGAGAUCAUAUCUCUUUAUGAGGCCUGGGAGUCGUUUACUGCAACUGCGGAGAAGAACUGCAAAGACCAGCUUACUCGGAUGAUUAAGGCAAGAGGAAUGUCGUAG